CCAAUUUAAGUUUAAGUCUUAUAUGUUUUUUAAUUCUUAUUUUAGUUUUAUCAGCGGUACAGUAAUCGUCGUAUAUAGUGAUCAAAUUAUAACCUGUUUGUACGUUUUGUUAUAAUGGAAUUUAAAAUAAAAAGGAAAUCUGUAAAAACAGUUACUGCUGGCAGUCUUGUUGAUAUUUAUCCUCAUGAUUUACAAAUGUAUAAGAUUCCUCCUACCGAUAAUAUAUCAUUACAAGAAUUUGAAAGUUUAGCUCUGGAGAGGCUUACUUUGCUAAGAUGUUUAGCAACAGCAACGACUUUAAAGGGACUAAGAAUUUUCUCAGAGGAAUGGACUGAUUUUGUUAUAAGUGAUUUGAAAAACCAAGGAUUAAAGUACUAUGCUAAACUCUGUGAAAAAUCUGGUUGUGGGACAACUCAACUAGAUUUAGAAGCUAGGCGAAAAGAUCAUAUUGCUCAUUUCAUACUAAGAUUAGCUUAUUGUAGAACCGAAGAAUUACGUCGUUGGUUCAUUUCUCGAGAACUAGAGUUAUUUAAAAUGAGAUUUAUGACUAUGAAGACUGAUGCUAUUGAUUCUUUUUUUAAAAUAAACAAUCUAUGCUACACUAAUAUAUCUGAUGAUGAAAAGAAUGAGCUUAUGAAAUAUUUAAGAGAAUCAACAUUUUAUCAUAACAAUCAAAAUAUAGAAAACUUUAAAUUUUAUAAGGUAAAGUUCUAUGAAGUUCUUGAUUUGGUAAAAGCGAGAAAAGUUUAUCUUCGUGGUGGAUAUGCUUAUAUCCCACAUAAAGAUUUCAUUUCUGUACUAUCUGCACAAUUUAGGAUGCUGCUGCGGCAAAGUUUGGCAGUUGCUAGUCACCAUUUAGGAGAGAUUGAACAAGAUGAGAGGCUCGUUUCCUUACUCAAAGGCUUGCAUCAAUCAUACUCUGGUAAUGAUUUUAUAAGUGAUACAAAAGUAACAGUUCCAAUAGAGAGCAUUGAUUCCUUAUCUGCUAAAUCAUUUCCUUUAUGUAUGAAGCAACUUCAUGAACAAUUACGCUCUGCCCAUCAUCUUAAGCAUGGUGGGAGAUUGCAAUAUGGACUUUACCUAAAAGGUAUAGGUGUCACACUUGAAGAUUCCCUUAGAUUUUGGAGAGAAGAAUUCACAAAAAUUAUGGAAUUAGACAAGUUCGAGAAACAAUAUGCAUAUAAUAUAAGAUAUAAUUAUGGAAAAGAAGGUAGCAAAAAAAACUACACUCCCUUCAACUGUUUAAAAAUCAUAAACACCAAUGUAGGACCUGGAGAAUGCCAUGGCUGUCCAUAUAGACAUUGCGAUUCAAGCAUCUUAAAAAAUAAACUGAAAGGAUAUGGACUAGAUGCUCAAGCUGUAAAUGAUGUCGUAGAUAUGGCCAAGAAAGGUCACUACCAAAUUGCAUGUAGUAAAUAUUUUGAUGCAGUUAACAAAACAGAUCUUGGCUUAGGUAUUAAUCAUCCCAAUCAAUUCUUUGAAGAAAGUCAGAAACUUGUAAAAGGUGAUAUUAAAAUUGAGGUAAAGAAAGAAGAAAAGUCUAAUAUAAUUAAAACAGAUUCCAAUAAUAUUGAAGAUAUGGACUUUGAUGAGAUUACUGAGUGGAAAGAAUAA